UACAUAUCAGUUUGCAUUAAUCCAUCUGAAUAGGUCUAUUCAAAGCGAGCAGUUCACAUUUUAUUUAUUCUUUGAAUGAUGUUCCUUUAACAAUCGAUAUUCGUGUUUCUGAAUGUUUUACAUUAAUUUUGUGCCAUCCGAAUUAUUUUAGGAUUUUCUAUUUGAAGAUGUAACGUUGCACUUGUGUAUCGGAUCGGAAAUAAUCGAAGAUGUGAUGAUAGAGUGAAUAACUGUAACUUGUGAGAAUAAUUAAAUCUUCUUCACUUUAAUAGAAUUGAUAAGAUAAUAGAUAAUAGUCUAAAAUAUUCAUACAGCAUUGUAUCCCUAAAAAUAUUUUGCCGAACUGUGCGUUCCAUUUAGGUUUCAAACUAGAAGUUAUACAAAUAAUGGUGAAAGGGAAAUCUUCUUACAAACUAGUACGAGACUUCAUAGUACCCAGUUUAGAAAAACAGACUUAUGGGACCUAUUUAACAUGGGAAAACAAAGUUGUUGGAUCUUUUAAAAUAUCUAGAAUUCAUCAGAAUAAUGAGCAUUUUAGUCAAGAUUGCAUCAAAGUAUACAAGGAUUGGUCAUUGAGGAGAAAUUUAUGGUUUCCAAAAGAUCCCAAGAAAAUCACAAAAGCCAAACACAGAUUGGUGACGGCACUACGACGAAGUCCUGAAAUAGAAGUGUUGGCUAAAGAAUCAUCGUAUUACAGAUUUCGCUUCAGAGGUUCCAAUUCUACGAGUAAAGAGCUUUCUACGAGUACUUCAGAAAGUCAUGAUGGAACCGUGUUCGAAGAUAAAGGAGAAAACGAAAACAUCGUUCUUCGCAUUGAUAUCAAUAGUGAUUCUCUCUACUGUCCACACAAAGAAGAUACUAAACGCUCCAACAGACACGAAACAAAUUACAGCACAUUGUCUGAAGAAUUUUUUAGACCUUCCGUUAUUUUCAAAAAAAUAGAAGAGUCAGAAAUCGGAGCAAUUCAAGACAUUCAGGUACUGCCUUUGGUAGAUAAUCUUAAUUCAUCUGAAGACAACAAUGGAAGUGUGCUGAACAAUAAAUGUGGCUGUGUUGCACUACUCGAUAGUAACUUUUUGUACAAUAAGCGGUGCAUUUGGCAUGGUGCCUUUCCGUGACUCAAAAAGCCCAGUGGAAAAGCGGUACUGAGUGAUAUUUUUGUGGAUUUAUGAACAUCAACUAUAUAAAAUAUAAGAUAUACAUGAAGCUCUCUGCGAAACACAUAUUCUCGAUAAAAACGUCCUACUUAAAGAUCAGGACCGAAAAAAGUUUGGGUCAAAACAUUUAGCUGAUUUUGUUCCUGCAAUUUUGCGCUUUUUUAGAAUGUCGCAUGGUACCUUUUUCCACUUCUUCAAUGUGAAAUCGUUUGAUAUUUCCAUAUCGUGUGACUUAAUUUUUGUUCUCAUUACUUGAUCAUUAGCAGAGAUAAUAAGAAAAAUUAAUGUAAUUUUUUUUAAACUGUGAUCUCUCGUUUUUUAAUCUUACAUGUGUACAUAUCUCAUCUCUAGUUAUGUGUAAAAAUAAAUGAAAUUAAAAAAAAAAGACA